UUAUUUAGUAAAUAAUUCUCCAAAAUGUUCUUUUAAAAUUGAUUAAUUGUUCGGCGAUGGCGCUACGAUCGAGCAUCGACUGGGUGUCGAGAGAAGUAAGUGAGCGUAUGUAAUGGUUUUACCGAAAAGAAAAGAAAUGAACGCGGAAGAACAAACAGAUGAAAACGUAGCGGAUGAAAAGCAGAAGAAGAUUAAAACUGAACAGGAGAAAGAUGAAGAAGUUGUUGCGGGAGAUGGAGGUAUGCUUCCUCAUAAAAAGCACAAAAAACAUAAGCAUAAAAAGCACAAAAGGAAAAAAGGUUCAGAACAAGAUGCUGAAGAUGGAUCUGGAAGUCCAACGGCGAGCGAAGGAGGAAAACCUCCACUAAAAUUAAAAAUUAAGAUUGGAGGGCAAACUUUUGGAGAAAAAAGUGUAACUAAACUUGAAAUACCAGAUGCAUCCAGUGAAGAUUCUCAAGGUAUUGUAGUGGAUGAAACAGUCAAUGUUGCUGUUCCCAGUACUGAUGGAAACGCAAAACCUGCAGCAGAAGUAGAUGAAGAAGAACGAUGGUUAGAAGCUUUAGAAUCAGGAAGAUUGGAUGAAGUAGAUGAAGAAUUAAGAAGAAUGAAAGAUCCUAAUUUAAUGACUGCUCGACAAAGAGCAUUGCUUGAAAGUAAAACUCAAAAAGAUAAAGAGGAAGUAGUUUUAGCUCCACUAGUUAGUCCUGAGAAAGAAAUAAGUGAAGAAAUGAUACAAAGGAAGAUGUUGAGAGCAAAAAAACGAAGAGAGCAAGCUGAGGAAAAACGAGAAAAAGAUAAGAAACAAACAAUUGAAAGAUUAUUGAAAAAAACAGAUGUAAAAUCGAAACUAUCAAAAAUGAAACAAACUAAAAAAUCGAAUGCCCCAAAAAUGACGUAUAUAAAUAAUCAAGAGACAAUUCUGUUGCUGUUACCUCCAGGACAAGAGUAUCCAUUAACACCUAAAGUUUCCAAACUGCCACCUUCCAGAAUAUUUUGUGGUGUUAAAGGAUGUAAAAGUUUUAAAAAGUAUUCUUGUUCAAAAACAGGAAUUCCACUUUGUAGUUUGGAAUGUUAUAAGAAGAAUUUAAAAUUAAUGUAAAUUGUAUAUUUUUGUAUAUAAAAGAAUUUGAAUUUAGUUUUCUUCUUUAAUCUGAGAUAAAAUUUACAAUUCCAGUUAAUUAAAUUUGUAAAAGAAUUUAUGGAAAACAGAAUACAGAUGAGAGAGAGAGAGAGAUCUAGGAGACGACCAGCAGCUAUGUAAGCAAGCCAAUUAAUACUGUUUCAUACUGUGUGAAACAAAUUGUGUCAAUGGUUUGCUUACUUAGCUACUGGUCACUUAGACGCAACCAUAAUAUUUCAUAAAAUUAAAUAAAUUUGCCUCGAUUAUUCGGUCGACAAAAAAUAAAUAAAUAAAUAAAAACUCGAAAUGUCAACGAAACAAGAAUAAAUUCAAUUAUUACAAGUAAAAUUUGGCUCGAUCGUCUACUAUCCGAGUGGAUAAAACCACCGAACGCCUGUAGCCUGGAUCACGUGCCGAGAUGGAUAUGUGGUAGGCUACGAGUCUAUGACAAGGUAGGACAAAAUUAAGAAUGAUUACAUAAAAGGAACAGUCAAGUUGGGUCCUGUAAGUAAGAAGAUGCAGGAAAGUAGAUUAAGAUGAUUUUGAUAUGUAGAGAGAAGUUAGAACUAUGUUGGAAAGAGGAUUGGAUAGUUGGAAGUCAUAGGGAGAAGAAAGUGUGGAAGACCAAAACAGAUGAAGAGACAAGGUGGCAAAAGAUUUGUGCGACAGAAAAUGGAGGAGACAGGGCGCCCUGAAUAGAGAAAUGGAGAAAACAAAUCAAAGAUGGAAAUGCUGACUCCAUAUAAACGUGGGAAAAAGCCAAGACAAAGAAGAAGACUGGUAGUUGGUCACGUGGAAUAAUUUUCCGAGUUUUCUUCACGUGUGUAACGUCUAAAUAGGGGCCAGUUUCCCGUGGAAAGUUCUAUCUCCUUGAAAGAUUGCACAUGUUGCGUUGCCUUAUCCCAUCAAUCCGAUAUAUUAAAAAUUCAUCAUUAUUGUGUAGAAUAUGUUUCGAAAAGUUUUCAUCCUGUUAUAAAAUAGCUAUUUUAAAAAAAAAUGAAAAAAUUGCGAAGCAGUGAUGUAGGUAAUUAUUUUUUAAAUACGGUAAUCCCUCAUUUGUGCGAGUAAUUGGUUACACGAAAAUAGCGCGCAAAUGGAGCCACGGAAGGCUGUUUAAAAUAGGGAUCUGUUCGAUAUUCUCAAACAAUAUUUUAAUUUUACUGGGUUUUUUUUAACUGUUCGCUCUAGUGGGCACUAAGAGGGUGUUCUUAGGAAACGCAUUAUGAGUUCGGCUAGGCCCGCAAAGAGGUUUGAUAUAUCCUGUACUUUUUCGACUUUUUUCUUAAAAAAAAACUUUUCGCCCUAUGGGCACUAAGAAGGCCUGUUUUUAACAAGCCCAUUACGGGUACGGCCGGACCCACAAUGUGACGGCAGGGUGGUGAGGGACGGAUUCCGACAUAUCCGGACGGACUACCCCGGAAAUAUUCCUGGGAUUUUUCGAUUCCGGAUCCCCCAGAACGAUACAGGACCAUCCUACCAAUUCAAGUUAGCUUUGGAAAAUGGUCGUAUUAAUGGAUGAAAGAAUAAAAAUUAAAAGUAGUUCCGUACCUGUCCGUAAUGUACCGGCCAUAAAACGUACUUUAAAUACAGUAUCUUCUUGCUCAUAAAAUAAAUUAUAUCACAACAUGAAAUUAGCGCAAUUUUAUUAUUUCUUUCCGCUAUAUUUAUAAUAACUCGAACAACGGCUGAAAAUGGAAUCAGUUUUAAUCAUUGCGAUUUUAUGAAUUGUUCAAAUUUUAUAACAUUAUUCUAUAAACUAUUACGGCGCCUCUACAGGGAAUCGUGAGAACUACAGUCAAAAUGGCGCUCUGCUGUGCUAUUAGUAAUGAGGUACCCGAACAACCAGUUUUGUCUCCAAUAUCUGGAAGUAUCUUUGACAAGAGGCUCAUUGUGAAAUAUAUACAAGAAAAUGGAACUGACCCUAUUAAUGGAAAAGAAUUAACAGAAGAUAUGUUGAUAGAAAUUAAAACUCCUUCAGUUGUGAAACCUCGUCCUCCUUCAGCCACCAGUAUUCCUGCUAUUCUUAAAGCUCUUCAAGACGAAUGGGAUGCUGUCAUGUUACAUAGUUUUACAUUACGACAACAACUCCAAACAGCUCGCCAAGGUAAGGAAGGCAUUUAAUAAAUAUUAUGUAUUGACUUAUAAAAUGUAGUCUUAUUUACUUAUCUUGCUUAGUACUAUCAGUCUUGUCAUUAUUAUCAAUAUAGGCAAGUUUCAAAGUGAUUACAAUAAGCAGAAUUUAUUAACUACUAGCAGAUAAGCCCGGAGUUGCUUGGGCAAAAAGUGACGAUAGCAAAGAUGAAGAUUAUUACAUUACAGCCAAUCUUACU